AGAAAAUAUAACUUAUUCUUCAUCAUCAUCUAGACGUCAAUUAUCAAGUCCUACACAUCGUUAUGGAAGUAUGUGUGCUGUUAGUGGUGGAAAUAGUCCAAGAAUACAAUCAUUACAUAAUGAUUUUAAAACAAGAAAACAAUUGAGAGCUCGACAUAAAGUAGCUAAAACAGUUUUAUUUUUAUCAAUUAUAUUUUUUAUUUGUUGGUUACCAAAACAAAUACAUGAUCUUUAUUGGUAUAUUGGUGUUAUUGUUUAUCAUUCAAAAUGGAAUUAUUUUUGGCAUAUUAAUAAAACGGCAGCAUUAUUAUUGUCUUAUAUUUAUUCAUGUAUUAAUCCAUUUGCUCUCUAUUUUCUUAGUUCAACAUUUCGACAUUUUUAUAAACGAUAUCUGUUUUUUUGGACAAAUAUAUCUUGUAUCUAUUAUUGUUGUGGUAAAAAAAAAGGUAUUGAAGAAGAAUCAUCUACAAUUGGAACAAGUACAACAAAUAGUGAUCGUCGACGAUCAAGUAAUAAUACAACAACAAUUAUUAAUUUAAAAUUAAAUAAAAAGAUAAAUAAUAAAAAUGGAAAAAAUAAAAAUUUUAAAAUGAAACAAAAAUGUUAUAUGAGAUCUGAUACAACAUUAACAGCUAGUCUCAGUUUAUUAGUAUCACAACCCAAUACAAUUAUAUCAAAUAUUACAUAA